ACCAGUUAUCGACUGCCUAUCGUGGACAGUAAACAAAAAAAUAGUUGAAAGCCACAAAAAACUUGCAGUGAAUGUUGCAAGCGCGUAGAUUAUUAGUUUAACAAUGGAAACGACAGAUGAAACGCCGGUUGAUAGAAACAAAUGUCGUGUUUGCCUUGGUGAGUGCACUGAAAAUGCCAUGCGUUCGCUUUUUACCGAGGAUGCAGCUGUGGAUAAUGAUGAAGUGGAGGAGGAGGCGUCAGAUGAUAACGAGGCCGCCAAACUGCGACUGAAUAACCAAAUUGAAUACUGCUGCGGCAUCAGAAUACGACGCUCAUCGCUGCUACCCACAAAAGUCUGCGAACGUUGCUGUGAAUUUGUCAAAAUGUGGUUCAGCUUUCGUCAAAUGUGUCUCAACUCCCAGGUGUAUUUGGAGAGCACAUUUCUGGGGCAUGAGAAGCCCGACGAUUUGCUGAAUGCUAGCGAAAGUGUCUAUUUUGAAUAUUUGUAUGAAACACUGCAGCUGCAAACACUGAAACAUUACAGUAAUUGCAAUGACGAUGAGGAUGAGGAGGAGGAGGAGGAUAUGCAGUCUGCCGACUCUGCUGAGCUGGACUAUGUUGUCGACUAUUACGAGGAAAACUAUGUGACAGACAAUGUGGCAGUUACAGUUGAGGCAACUGAAGCCAGUGCCAAACAUAAACUGCCAGAGAUUAUAACUGAUUUGGACCAGCAACAAUAUAAUGAUGAGCAGUGCGAGGCCGUCGAAGUGGAGCAGUCCAUGCUGUAUGGCGAGGACGAUGUAAAGUUGGAGACAUGCGAUGGCAACUUUUCGGAAGACAAUGAAGAUUUCUUAUCGCCCACACCAUCGCCUGAUCCGCGUCCAAGUACAACGUCUGCGAAACGUAAACCCGGCAGACCGCGCAAACCCGACAACGAACUCAAAGUGAAGCGCAAAACGAAAGGAGAACCUGCGUUAAAAGUGGACAAUCUAGGCGAGAAUUCGCCCACCAAAUACAUGUGCAAUCUGUGCGGCAAUGUGUAUCCAAAGAAGGCGGCAUUCACCGCCCACAUGAUGGCGCACACCGACUACAAGCCACAUCAAUGCGAAAUCUGCUGCAAAUCUUUUCGGCAAAUGGGCGAGUUGCGUGCUCACAUUAGACGCCACACGGGAGAGCGACCUUAUAAAUGUCUCUACUGCGAUCGACAUUUCUACGAUCGCAGCGAGAAGGUGCGUCAUGAACGUGUCCACACCAACACACGACCCUACGAGUGCAAGGAAUGCGGGAAAACGUUCACGCACACGGCCAUCCUUAAGAAUCACAGUCUGGUGCACUCGGGCGAAAAAAAUUUCAACUGCAGCAUUUGCUCCAAAUCCUUCACGCUACUGCAUCAACUGAAAGCGCAUCUGCAAACGCUGACUCAUCGCAGCAAAGAGGAGCAAGCGUUUGCCAGCUCAACCAGUUACAUGCUCCACCAGGAUAUGGAUUAGUUUUAAGUUAGACGAAGCAUAUAAAAUAUACAAUUUA